GGCCGAGCGGUUAUGGUCGACGUAUGUAUCGGGUGGAGGAAAAGGCCACGUCGGCACAUAUUUAUUUAACUCGGUUGGUUAUUGAUAUCUUCCUCGGGUCCGGCGCGAGUUUUGUCGACCGGACGGCGGAUUUCCCAGAAAAAAAGCACACGUGCAAAGAUAGGGUCGAGCGUAAAGAUAACGACUCCGAAGUUCGGUUAUAUUAUGUAGAUUGGAUAAGGCCGCGUUAAAUUUACCGGAUAUUAAAAAUUCAAAGCCGACUCCUUCCCGUAGACCAAAGCGCGAAAUCGUUUCUUCUCCGCCAUAAAUAGAUCGUAGGAAUUUCCGCUCCUUCCGGAAAAGGCAAUAAGGCCAAGUCUAAGUUCUUUUUGCCCGGCGAGAUAAAGGCCGCGACACCGGAGAGAAAAGUCGUUUUCCCUUUUGUUGGCAUUCCAAUUAAGAAUCGGCAAAUUUAUUCCUACCGAUAACGCUUCCGAGCCGGAAGUCACCCUUUAAUUAAUUGGCCGGCCGGCGGUUCUCCCCCCUGACCGAUUAUUUUCGCAAGAAAAAAUAAGUUCCCUUGAGAAAGGCCGAAGGCGUCCGGCCACACCUCCAUUUUCGGUAUCGUUCGUAUUUUUUUAUUAUUAUUUUUUUUAUUUUCGGGGCCGUCCAAACGUAUGGCGGGUUUUUAAAAUGCGGACUUGGUUUACGCCUAAAUAAACGUAAUAAAGAAUCGAGCACUCGCCGUUUUAAAUUUAUCGUCUAAUUCUUUAAUUCCAAAACUUGCCGACUAUAUCGAUUUAGUAUUAUUAGGUCCGUUCGUUUACCUAUCUGGCGUACGUUUUUCCUAUAGAAAAUUCACAGAAAAUGCUUUAAUUUAUUCGUGCGACGAUGGUUUUGGAAGUAAUGCCCUCGCCUUGGUCCGAGACAUUUUUUAAAUAUUUCCGGCUCUUCCUCCACCGAUUUUCUUUUCCCCACCUGUCCGUCUUAUAAAUACCCACGUGGCUAAACGCCUUCGUUACUGGUUUACGGCAGAAGAACUCCGCCACGCAUUUCUAGAAAUUAACCGACGUGUUCGGAAAAUGUCAAAUUUCCUCCACCCCGACAGUUUUCUUCCCCCCGAAACGACCACCUUGCCCGCAUCACGUGGCCAUUUUUGAACCAUUCGGACGUCAACACGAUUCCCGAAAUGCCGUAUAAACGCAUGCGCCGGCCCCGCGCAACACAUCGCCGCGUUCGAAACCCUUCGUAGUGUUCCGGCCGUAUUUACAACACUAUGACUUUAUUUAAUAAAUUAAUACCCGUAGCCUUAUACGUAACGGUAGUGGUGGGCCAAGUAGGAGAAGACGACGUCCUGGUGUUGAAGAAAGACAACUUCGAUCGAGAAAUCGAAAACAACAAACACGUCUUAGUGGAAUUCUAUGCUCCUUGGUGUGGACACUGUAAAGCACUAGCCCCGGAAUAUGCCAAAGCCGCUAAGCAACUGUUGGAAGAAAAAUCUGAAAUACGACUGGCAAAAGUUGAUGCGACCGAAGAAUCUGAACUAGCAGGAAAGUUCAAGGUGAAAGGUUAUCCAACAAUCAAAUUCUUCCGUGAGGGAGAGCCCAUUGAUUAUACGGGUGGACGCACUGCAAACGAUAUCGUCAACUGGUUGAAAAAGAAAACCGGACCACCCGCUAUUACUUUAAAUACAGUUGAAGAAACAGUGCAAUUUAAAGACAGUAAAGACGUGGUAGUGAUAGGAUUCUUUAAGGACCCAGAAAGUAAACUAGCAAAAGUUUAUUUAGAGGCUGCUUACGCGAUCGACGACCAUCCUUUUGGCAUCACUUCCAAUGAAAAUGUUUAUAAAGAGUUUAAAGUCGAGAAAGAUACCAUCAUCUUAUUUAAAAAAUUUGAUGAAGGAAAGAAUGAAUAUGAAGAAGAAAUUACAAAAGAUAACAUUAAAAAAUUUGUUAAAAGCAACAGUUUGCCAUUGGUCAUUGAAUUCAGUCAUGCGGUGAGUUUUAUUGUGCACUCUUAUUGUCUUUCUAAUAUACUUGUUACUUGUCUGAUUUACAAUUCUAACUGAAUAAGUUUCCAACAU